AGCUUUUCUCUCUAGAUAUAUGUAAGAAUCAACUGUGCUAUGUACCCACCAACGAGAUUCUAUAAUUCAGAUGUGUAUGUAUGUACAAUGGCCGGGACUUCUCCCCACCUUCACCUCCACCUCCACAUUCUGCCUUCAUAUGCACAGCGCCAGGUCUCCACAUCCCCUAAUAGCGACCACAUGUCUCGCACUCCACUUUCGAAGACUGCGUAGUAAAAAUAGUGAGAAUGAAGAGCAGCUGUUAGCUCUGUCAUGAGGUCAUGAGCAGGAAUCCGACGAAUCACAUCGGGUCAUCCUCGGGCUAUUCAAGCCGAUGGAUAUAACUCUGUUAUAUCCAAGGAGCAGAGGGAAAUUUUUGAUUCGCUCUGGCUGCCGCAUGGACCUCUUCUCCUAUAUCCCCGCAUUUAUUGUCCAUACUACUCUGAUACUAGUAUCUAUGGGGAGACAUGGAUGGCACGAUCCAUGGGGUAUGGGGUCCGUCCAAGUCAUUGGUGGAACUAACAUUCUCUGACUACGGAAUGGAUUCAGAGAUAUAACUGCCAAGGAGGGUGGCUGCCGUUGUGUAUAUGACGGGUAACUCGAAUAGUUGACGCCUCCUUGCUUAUUUAAACGAGAUCGUACUGAAGGUGAUUGUUUAAAUCAACUUCCAUCGUUGCCGGACAUGAAACCCUAAGGUUGUUACAUUUCAGGCGGAGGAGCGAGAUGCUGGAUGGCUUCAUUCAGGAUAUGAACACGGUUCUUGGCGAUCAUCUGACAGGUCUGCUAGGCAAGAACUGAUUCGAGGAUAUAUCGAGCCAGUGAAGCAGGGCAUCGAAAUUGACCAAGACCGUCUGUUCCCUUGGCGCUUAGACCAUCUUAUUCAUCAUCAUUGACAGCGGUUGAUUUUUUUGCCGAGUUGCCGGUGGUCUCUAGACACGUGAUCGGAAACAUGAUUGGGGGUGCUGAUGUAAUCAGCCAACAUGAGAAGAAAAAAAAA